AUGCUCAAAGGCUCUUCGCCUUUGAAAGGGGAAUCAAGUUUUUCCGUGGAUCAAACCCCUCCUUCUCUCAAAAUUCCGAAUUUCGCACGUCAAGAUGCGGAGUGCAGUCCAAGUCCGUUCUUGGAUGAAUCCCCUUCUUUGAAUGACGAUCUAAUGAGCGUCAACAGUAGCAUUAACAAGACAGACCGCCUUAGAUACUUGUCUGGUAGAAUAAGUGCUGAAAGUGCAUCUGUGAGGCAAAGUUUCGAAUCCACUUCAGUAUGGGGUAGGCAAAGUAAGCUGUACGCCCCUGGAGCUGAUAUACAUAGCGGGAGCGAGGAAUAUUCACCCCUGGGCAAUAAUUCAGUUUAUGAGCUGGUCAUGAAUACUCGCCGAAGAAACUGGUUGAAACGACCCACUAUUGAUGACAUCCCACCAAUUAUUCUGAGCAAAAACGAAUUACCAGCGACUUGGCGCGAGGAUACCGAAAAAUACACCGGUAAUAUCAAAUCCGAACACAAGCAGUUUGAAUACCACAAUAACCUGGAAGCUGUGAAGGGGCUAAACAGGCUCCGAUUUGAAGAAUUGGGAAAGGAAGUGAGCCGCCAGUCUAGCCAAGAGGAACUUGGCGAAAAUGAAGACUUCAAACCGCGACAAGAUGGAAUGCCAACAGGUAUACCGAAGUUUUACUUUGAUGAAAAUUUUAAGUUGGACGAUUCAAGAGCCUUCCGCAAGAUUAUAGACGAUCUGGAUUUUCAAAUCGAAGAUCUAUAUUCAGAGUCGAAGGAGGACAGAAAUGCGACAUAUCAAAAUUUGAAGGAACGGCUUACGGACUACCUUGAUGACAUUGAAUACUUGCUCGUCAUUGAAAUCUCGAAGUCUUCAAACAGCUUUUUCUAUGCCCUAGAGGAUGUUGACAAAAUAGAUUCGAAGGCUGCUGAUACCAUUGAAAAGCUAGCUGCUGUGUCGCAAGGGCUGUUGGAAGUUGAUCGUGACUGGUUUCAAGCUCAAAUAAAGCUGCUGCAAAAAAAGAUCAAGAGGAAAAACAUCGAGAAACUGGAGCAAGGUCUAUUACAGGCAAAACUUGUCACAGAACUUGUCGCAGAAUGCAAAAAUCUUUUCAAAGAUGGGAAUCAUGCCAAGUGUUUAGAGCUGGUGAAUCAUGUCAAUAAUCUUCUGAAAGGUGAUGAUAACCACGAUGAGGAUAUACAAGAGAUGACAAAGAAGUGGCCCUACAAGCUUUCAAACCUAUGGUCAACACCCGCCUUUGCUAAUAUUGUAGAAGAGUUGACUGGCAUGUGUGUUGAAAUAGCUGGUGCUUAUUCAUUAGAUUUCAGUGAGAUAUUGUUACAAGAAAUCAGAUUAAGUUAUACCCCGGAAACUGAACUCUCUGCGUACGCAUUUUCUCAGCAGCGGCUUAAUGAUAGCGACCAAGAUGCUGCUUUGGCGGCAAGUGUUAAAGAUAUAACAAAAAAAUUACUUCAGUGCGGCGGGGUAGCAAGUGCAUUUCAGCAUUAUAACGAAAGGUUUUUGGUUGAAUUAAAAAACAUCAUAAAGGAUUUUCUACCAAAAGAGUCCCAAAUCGAUAUGGAAAGUGCAGAUAGGACAGCAGACUCCAAGAAUAUUGGAAACGGGUCGAAAUUAUCCAGGCUAAUACGAGCUCAAACACCUUCAGACUUCCAAGAAAUGCUGAUAAAGAUUUUUGUGCGCGAAACAGAAGCAUUGCGGAGACUGUCAAGACAUCAAAAAGUACUUUUGGACGUGGCAUUAAGUCACUUCACCGGGAAUGUUAACGGGAAGGUAGCGGAUCCUGAAAUGAUAAUGCAACUAGAUAUUAAUCCGGCCAUCCAUGAAGGUGUUCGAACUGUGCAGCUGCGAAUGGGUAAGAUCAUUGCAGUGCGGCGGGACUUGACUGCAAAACUUAGAUAUGAUCAUUUUCUGCAGUUAUGCAGUGUCUGCUUUUGGUUUGAUCGCAAAUGCGAAGAUAUAACCGGCGAACUUUUGACGAAGUACUUGCGUGACGUUCUCACGAUGCAAAUUAAGACUUUUUGCGCCACGCUAAACUCUCAAAAUGCCGUCAAUAUUCGCACCGCAGUAGAAAAAGAGAGCUGGACCCCAUCUAUUGUCGAAGCCCACGUACAGAGAGACGUGAAUGAUGUGGUUUCAUCCGUACACAUAACGCCAGCGAGUUGGGUUGCAAUUAUGGACCUCGGAAGCGAAACUCCGGGCACAGGCGAUUCUGUAGACAUACCCGUGAAUGAGGAAACUCUAGGGAGUCCGUCUCGUGGCCACAGAAAGUCUGUUGUCGUCAAUGACAAAACCUUCGUGGCGAGCGGUGCACUUCUAGAGGUGAUUGGAGUAAUAAAAUCGAUGCUAGUGCUGUCAGUGAACCUUCCAAGCUCCUUCCUGGCCACUUUUGAGAAGAACUGUUAUGAUUUGAUGUUGUACUUCAAUUCGCGUGCUAUGGCAUCCGUUUCGACGGGUGCUGACAACACACCCUCCCUCAAGAGUGGGAAAAAUCUCAGCAUCCUCGGAGAAUCUCUUGACUGCUUGACGGAAUUUGCAACAUUGAUUCAAAUGUUCUACCAACGUUUAAGCAGCAUCCACAGGGAUUUUGAGGCAAUAACGCCAGAAACGUAUAUGCAACUAAUGAAGGUUUUCCAGACGUCGUCAGAUAAAUUAUACCAAGCACACGCACCACCGCCACCAGUGUGA